UGUUUGACCCUUUUCCAAACCCAAAGACAGUACUAGCAGAGAGGGAGCUGUCCCGAAUCCGUCGGUUACCACGACUGCCGCCGGCGAUGGCUCCCUCCGCCGACGCCGCCGCGCCCGCCCCGACCCCUCCGCUGGCGCCCCUCAUCGCCGCGCAGCUCAAGUUCCUCCUCACCAACUCCAGUCUCCCCAUCAAGGUGGUGCAGAUCUGGUCCGGAUGCAGCAGCGGCCGCUACGCCGAUCGCUUCACCCUCGGCAUCCCCUUCUGCCUCGACUACGUCUACUGGGAUUUCUUGUAUAAUGCGAUGCACCCCAAGGUGGCGCCGGACGUCAUAUUCGGGCAGGGCGACGAGGGGUUCCAGCCGCUGGUCGAUUAUGACGAGUCCGGGAAUGGGGGCAAGAGCUGCUUGGCACACUGGGAUUACCGCGACCCCCGUGGCCUCCUCUGCCUCGUGGAGGAGCUCCGGUUAUUAUACAUUGAGUACCAAAAGAAGCUGGUUGAGAAAGUGGAUGAUGCAAGACUGAAGUUUGAAAUAAGCACAGUUCUUGCUAAGGAGGGGAUUGAAGUCUCCGUGGUAUCAUCAACUGGUAGGUCAGAUGAGGUGAAAUUUGCUGUCCCGCUUCUGGAUUUAGACCUCAAAAUGAUGGUGCCUGGAUGUCCUUGGAAACUUCCCCAAAAGAUCCAUCUGCAGGCCAUAUUUCCGGUUAGCAGUAGUUACCUCUCUGUUCCUUCUGCACCAGGACUGAAACUAACCUCAACUCCUGAUUUGAAGUCAUUUUUCUCUGUGGAUGGUGUUAAGCUCCCUGCAUGGGUAGAUGGGAUGUGCAUGGCUGAGUAUAUUCCCACUUUAGAAGAAGACCUUAAAUUGCAGGUCGUGGAUGCAUCAGCUUCAAUCGGUUGCAGGAGACGAUUCAUUGAGGCCCUAGCUCCUGCUUUCGGGAGACCAUUGGAGGCUGAUCCGAUUUUUUGCAGGAAAGCCACAGUUCUUUCCAUUUCGGGGAUUUUCACAUUUCUGGUUCACUUUGUCAUCCCCCUUCAAUUCCCCAAACAACAACCUAUCCUGACUUUGCAGAGUUGUCAGCACUGUAAUUCCCAAGGUAUACCUAUCACGUCAUCUCCAAAAAACAGCUAUCCAUGGAGUCCUAGAUGGGAAGUGACAGAAAUGGCGGAACGCAUCUACGACUAUCUCGCCGACGAGUGCCAGAAUUUCAAGAAGUUAUGCAGUGAUGGUUUCCCUCAAGCAAAGUAGCCAAGGAGGAAGCAUCUCUACCCUUUUGGCUUGCACGCUCUGCCCGUAAACUGUAGUCCUCGACUAUUUGUGUGACGAGCGAGGAGCAAGGAAGCAGCCUGACCAGGCAGUAGAAUCAGUCCAUAGGGCAAGAGAGUGCUUCUAUCUGGCAAGUAAAUUGUGUACAAUAGCGUUGUUGGUUUGUUGAUGCCACCCCUGUUGGUCAUGGUGGUUUUGGGGGAGAAAUGGCAAUUCAGUUCUUCCCGUCUUGGGAGUUGUGUACAUAUGGAUAUUGGUCGUUGAAUUCUCUCCAGUGUAAAGUUUGCUGCAUGUGACAGUAGGAGUAUGAACCGUUUUGUUCUUGAGCAUCUGCGACAACUCUGGCGCGAACUCGAAGAAAUCAGCUGCUUUUUUUUUUA